AAAAAAUAAAAAGAAAGAGGUAUUUUGAUUUCCUUUUCUUCUUCUCAUAAACUGCAAGUUCUAUCCUCCGGGAGCCUGGAGCAGCGGCGUGCGUGAGAAUUCUUUGUGAGACUGACCCUUGACAAGGACGGAUUUCUUCUACACUUAUGGUACACUUUCAUCCCUCUGAGUUGAACAUUAAAGAAGUAUAACAACUCGAGUUGAAGAUUUUGAUUUCUUCUGCUGGAGGAGGAAUAUUGGAGAUUUCAGGACGAAAAGACGACACGGGGUCAUAAGAUCUCAUCUGGGAACCUUUCCAAAGCGGUUCAUCCAACAUCAAGCCGAAUAACAUCCUCUAUAAGAAGAGAUAUACACACAAGAGAAAAAAAAAUGGCUACACUCACGUCCCGAAUCACCCUCAAGGGAGACGAGCCCGCCGGCCCCGAAGACUAUCUCUCCACGUCCCUCGGCGUCAUCUUCCCCGACGACGUCACCAACCAGCACGGCGACGCAGAGCACUCCCUCAUCUACGCCUCCCCGAAGCUGCCCAAGCCCUUGAUGAUUGAGCUCGCCGAGCCCGAGGGCGAGACGGACCGCCGCCUGUUCAGCCACUACCUGUGGAACGCAUCGCUCCUGCUGGCCGAGUUUAUCGAGCGGGAUUCCCUCGAGACAACAACAUCAGAGGCCGAGGCCGAGAUGAUUGGACUGGGCGAGGGACUGAGUUUCGACACCAGGGGUCUGGCAACGGUGGAACUGGGCGCCGGAACGGCCCUGCCGAGCAUCAUGGCCGGCCUGCUCGGCGCAAAGAGCGUCACCGUGACGGACUAUCCCGCGCCGGCAGUCAUGAAGACGCUGCGCGACAACGUCGCCCGCAACAUCAAGCCCGACCUCGCACCCCUAGGCGCCGCCAGCCUCCCCGCCGUCACGACCGACAUCACCGUCGAGGGCCACGAAUGGGGCGUCUUUGGCGGCUCUUCUUCUUCUUCUUCGUUCCCGGCCUCCCACGCCCACGCCGCCGACCGCCUCUUCGUGGCGGAUUGCCUCUGGAUGCCCUGGCAGCACGCCAACCUGCGCCGCUCAAUCAACCACUUCCUCAAGAGGACGGGCUCGGCGCGGGCCUGGGUCGUGGCGGGCUUUCACACGGGCCGGGCCAAGAUGGCUGGGUUUUACGACGCCGACGCGCUGCGCGACGAGGGCGGCGUGGAGAUUGAGCGCAUCUGGGAGCGGGAUUGCGAUGGCGUGGAGAGGCCGUGGGAUGUGGAGAGGGAGGAUGACAUUACGGUGAGGAAGAGGUGGCUUGUUGUUGCGGUGUUGAAGAGGUGUGAGGGGAUGAUUGAGGGUUAG